AUGCUCGCGACGGGUCCCGCGGGCCUUGUGGCGGCCCUGGCCCUCUCAGCCACAGUCGCGGCCGGAUACAGUUCCGCCCAUUGGGAGGCGAGAUUCUCGACAUUCGAGAAACGUUCUUCCAACGUCAGCCGAAUAGGGAACAUCGAGGCCUUCAAUCUCUCCGUUCCCAUCGAUCACUACCACAACGACUCCCGCUACGAGCCGCAUUCGCACGACUCCUUCAAUCUGCGAUACUGGCUCGACACCUCCAACUACAGGGAUGGCGGCCCCGUCAUCGUCCUCCACUCUGGCGGGAAGGCUUCUGAAGAGCGGUUGCCAUAUCUCCAGCAUGGCAUCGCCUCCAUGCUGACCAAAGCCACUGGCGGUAUCGGCCUCAUCUUGGAGCAACGGUAUGAAGGAACGAGCAUGCCGUUCACGAAAUUCACUGUUGAAAACCUCCGCUUUCUAUCGACGGAGCAAAUCAUGGCCGACGCCGCCUACUUUGCCCAAAAUGUCGUUUUCCCCGGCCUCGAGCAUCGCAACCUCACAGCACCCAAUACCCCUUGGAUCAUCUACGGCGGUUCUUACGGCGGCGCCAUUGCAGCCUUUUCUCGGAAGGUGUAUCCAGAUGUAUUCUGCGGCGCCAUCGCGUCAUCGUCCCCGACCGUGAGCAUCGACGACUUGUGGCAGUUUUUUGAAGCCCCGCGCCUCUUUGCCCCAGGUGACUGCUCGCCGACCCAGCAGAAGAUGGUAGAUGUCAUCGACAAGAUGCUCUUCAGCAACGAUAGCCAAAAUGAACUUGGAAUCAAGCAGCUCUUUGGUCUUGGCGACUUCAUGAACGACGAGUUUGCGAGGUUUUUAAUGUACCCGAUCGGCAAUCUCCAACUGAAUAACUGGGACCCAGCUGUAACUUCUCGCGAUUUCGACGAAUACUGCACGCUCAUCACCUCCGAUACUCUUGUGUACAAGAAUGCGGCUCUGCGUCCAGAGGUGGCCCGCGCUAUUGCCCAUGCAGGCUACGAGGGAUUGCUGGCUGAGACGCUGACGACCCGGAUGCUCAACUGGGUGGGCUACAUCAGAUCCGACGUCGAUAAUUACCCAAGUUUGAAUAGAACGGAAUCUUUGCGGACGUGGUUCUCAAAUCGCUCUCGCAAGCCCGGUACGGAUAUGCAGAAAGAUAAACGCAUCGCUUGGAAUUAUCAUAGAUGCAGCGAAUUGGGCGACUUCUAUAACGGAGCAAGCACUCCCAAAGACCGACUUCCCGUCGUCUCACGCGCCUAUACAUAUGAAUACGAGAGCAUGCUUUGCCUCACUUGGUUCAACAUCACGACUCGCCCUAACCUUGAAGGCUUCAAUAAGUUUGGCGGUUAUAACUUCAGCUUUCCCCGCGUCGCCAUCAUUAACGGUGCCCACGAUCCCUGGCGCGUCGAGUCACCGCACGCCAUUGGUCUGCCUGGUCGUCCGUCUACUACAGAGGAGCCGUUUAUUCUCAUCGAAGGCGCGACCCAUCAUUGGGACGAGAAUGGACUCAAGGAGGAAGACAAAGGGAAGGUCGAGAUACCACCGCAAAUUGUAGACGUGCAAGCCAAGGAGGUUGAGUUUGUGAAGGCCUGGUUGGAAACUUGCUGA